ACACAAUUAGACAAUAAUUAAACUAUAGUUUUAUUAAGAAAUAAUAUAAUACCGGUCAAGAACGACUCAGAGGGUUCCGUACAAAUUAAUAAUCUAAAGAAAAUCAGAAGUAGGUUGGGUAGCCAAACAUUAUUUUAUGUCUGUCAAAUUAUUGAACAUAAUUAGUAAGACAUGUCGAUCUUUAUUUUUAGUGUUUGUUACGACAACAGAAAUACACCAUCUGUAAAAAUGUCUAUAAUGUUCAUGAAAUACGGACUAGUGUCAAACGGACAGACAUUGAUGCUCUAGUAAGUAAUAGGGCGUUGUUUAUAAUCCUUGAGCUAUAGAGUCCGCAGUUUUCCCAGCAAGGAGUCCGUAGUUUCCCUUAAAGAAAAUAAAAAAAAACCCGGAUAAAAAAUCACAGAUUAAUGAUUUAAAAGCUUUUUAUAAUAUGCAGUAUUUUUUCUAUCACUAACGUUGAGGUGUUAAAUUAUACUGAAAACACAUUGUUACGUAUUAAAUAUAAACAUGUUAAAUAAGUAUUAUGAACGUGAUUCCAUAAUCCGACAUGUGCUAUAUUAGAUUAGAUGACCAAAUCGCACAUGCCCCUGAAAGCAUAUUGUAACUAGCACAAGGCUUCCUCAACCGAGUACCGAAAUAAAUCUUAUUUAUUUUGUAACUGACUUUUCACUCUCUUUGAAGUUCUAGUAGCUAUAUUCUUAGAAAAAAAAUGACAAGUUUACUGAAGCAUCGAGAGGAACAUUUAGUUUUUCAUCUGUUUUAAUAAAAAAAAAUGGGAUAUGUCUUAGAUAAUUAUGAUGAUAGAAGUGGAGUCACACGUCACAUUGUAAAUCAGUUUCUUUACUCCCUAUCUGCAAGGGUCUUAUCGUAAAACAUAGUGGAAAUUCCCUUUCUCUUUUGGGGGCCUAAAGGAACUAUGAAUUAUUUGUUUUAUUUUAUUUUCUUUUUGAGAAAAAGGAAUUGUAACAUUGUACAGUUUGUAGGUUUAGGAUCCAUCUGAUGAAAAGCUUAUCUAUCAUUUAUAUGAACAGCUGAAUUCUAAGAGCAGGAGUUUGAAUUCUUUUGAUAUUUUGUCCUGUAUGUAAAUUGUACAAAGAAAUAAAAUAUCACCAGUAGGUAUCGCAUAUUAGCAAUAUUAAUACGCAGUGGCAUUGGCAAUCACGGUAAUUUAAAGCAAACAAUAAGUGCGUUAAAACAAAUAGCUGUCGUGACUUACCUUCGGAGGAAAUAUUUCAUGCUUCACAUUUUAGAACUAACUCCAAGGUUGACUAACAAAUCCAACAAAUUGUUUACAGUUGUAAACGCCGUUGAUCUAAUUAAACCGUCCACCUCUUCAAAGGCUGAAUUUGUGUGUAGAAAAUUAUUUCAAACCUUAAUUUUAGGUUGAUACAGUUGAGUUUGCAGUGUUAAUUGGAUCCCGAAUUUCAGUUCGGUGGCUUAGGACUGACGUCACUCGAGCCACCCACAGUGGAAUGGGCAGGAGGGCGCCGGGCACCAUUCCCGCUCUACAUUUAUUUUAUAGUCUAGACUGCUUGUGAUAUUAGUGCUCUUUUAAAACAAUUUGAAGCUAAUAAGCUUACUAAUAAUACGGAAAAGGUUCUUAGUUCACUUCAAAGGCUAAUCAAUAAUUAAAUAGCAAUUUGUUAAAAACGUAAUUAAACAAUUAUAAUUAUAAAUAAAUAAUUAUACGUACCUAUUUUUAUCAUCGAGGUCAAUAUAGACCAACAUCCACACAAAACAGAGAUUUAUGUGUAAUAUCAUGUAUCAAUUAACUAGUUCAUUAUCAAGCAGUAUGAAAUUUCAUUGAUUAUGUCUAAUUCACCAGUACUGUGGGUGUUCACUUCUGCGUUGGCCGUCCCUCACUGGUUAGAGAUGAAGAUUCCAAUAAUAUUCAUAUUUGUUUAUAUUUCCAUCGUAACAUGUGGCAAAACAAAAGAAAAAACAACGGAAAAGCCAUCUGAACGGGGUUCUACAGUACCGUUGGUAUGCGAAGGUGUACACGUGCAUGGAAAACUGCAUAAGCGACAUGUCAUCAUGAACGGCAUCAACCGUCCGUAUCAGCUCGCCAUGUACAGCCACGGACACAAGAUAUUCUUCAGUUAUAACGUCGGAGACGACACCGAGGACACGUUUGGUAUUGGAUAUGUUAAGAUAAACGACACUAUGCCAACGGAAAUAAAGGGAGUAAAAAAUGGCUUUGCGGUCGCGGUACACGAACAUACCGCAUAUUUUGGAAGCCCCCACGGCAUCUAUUCUGAUAAUCUUACAAAAUCCGAUGACAUGAAGCAUAUUGUUAAAGGAUUUGACAUCUGGGACAUGUUCUUUCAUGAGAAUUUGUACUUUAUAUCGUAUCCGAAACAACGGUUGCAUAAGUACCACAUACAUCACAAAAACGUGACUCUCCAGGAACACAUACAUGAGAAAAUAUAUCAGUUUGUCAUAGACGGAGAUAAAGAUACAUUUAUAACUACUAGAGACGGCCUGUUCAUGAUCACGAGCGGCACAAAUCAUCGGAUUCCCUACGAAGGGCCUAAAGUGUUCAGAGCGUUAGAAGUAAAUCACAAAGGUGUAGCUCACUUUUGCGCUAAAAGUGCUAUUUAUAUUGCGCAUAAGAAAAAUCAUACACUGAUAGAAAUCGCCCGGAUAAAAAACAUUUUUGGUAUUACGUUCGAUAAAUCAGACAAUAUUAUUUAUUCAAAUCCCCAUGAAAUUGUUAAACUCUUGCCACAUGAUUGUAAGUAAUAUAAUUAGGGAAAGUGAGACGUGAACUGUCAUUUUGAAAUGUUAUAUUACAUGUCUCUUACAAUGAAAUAAGUUCGGUGGGUAUUGUAUUAUUAUUGUUUUACCCAAUCACGUCUGAACCGUUCGUAUUGUUACUCCAGGCAAAUGCAUGAGGUACUAGGCGAGCAGGAGCCAAGCAGAGUAUUUGUGACAGAAAAGGACAUUCCCGCAUCUAUCUCGUUUCCACGCUUAGAGGGAGGGUCGCACCCUCAUCCGCUUUUCCCCAACCCUCCUACGCCUCUGCGAGUGUGUGUGUUAUACACAAACUGAUUAACUCAUUCACGAUCUUGUGUUUUACUUUAAAGCAAUUUUGCCAGCUCAAUGAAAUAUGAAAGUUGAUAUUCGAUAACCGACGGUGACGCGAAAUGAAAAAAAUAUGUAUGAUGAAGCUAUAUCACAAUUUACGAAAGAAUUUUCGGAAAACUCUACGAAAAAUCCCUACAAAAUGCGUUGAUGUACAGUGCGCGUAUCUUAUAGUUUAUGCUUGCCUGGUACCACCGACGUCGUAUCUAUUGAACAGUCACCGAUAGUCGACGUCGAGCGUCGCUAUCGGCUAUGAAAUCAACGACACUACUAAUUUUAAAAAACGAAUACGUAUUGUUUUUAAAAUACCCAAGUUAAUGUUACAUGUCUGAUUAAAACAGCUUUGGAAUCUUUGGUCUCAUUUAUUCCGAAAUUUAAUAAAAUAAGUUAUUUUCUUAAACUUUAGUAUUUUCUUUAGUGAGAAACGUAAUUACGAAAGCUUACACUUAGUUUUAGUUUCCCAAUUAUGAUUAUGCAAAUAAAAGCAAAGUAAAAUUUAUU